AAAAGAUGGUCUUUGGAUUUAUAUUGUAGAAAAGAAAUUAGAGGGCGUUGGACUUUCAGCUUGUCGAAGUUCUUUGGAAGAUACGGACUUUCCAACUAACAAUAUUCAUAUUUACAGAACUCGUCAGCAAUCAUCUCUACAGAAAAGUCGUUUGCUUUUCCCGCUGGUUUAGACGAAUAAAACAAUCAAUGUUGCUAUGAAAAAUUAGAGCCAUAGCAACCAUGGCACGUUGGUUCGACAGACAGUCGACUGCUUCACGGGCCUACGGACCUGAUAAUACUGAUAUGUUCAUUGACUCAUUGCGGGAGGUCCCCUUAUUCGGUCAUCGACAACCUGCAAGUAUAUUUGGAGGCCUUUUAUAUUGUAUUUUCUUGGGAGCAUGUGCUAUUGUUGUAGCAUUGGCAUCUUGGAUAUUUUCUUCAAUGACUAGUUCACUUCCAGCGUUGCUUUCUAGUGGAAAUGUAUUUCUUUUGAUUGUCACAAGUGUUUUGCAACAUUACUUGGUUUACCAAGUUAAGAAAGAGCGCAUGCAGGGAUUUUAUAUUUUCAGCCAGAAAUUGAAGCCUAUAGUUCAUCUUCCAUUUUCUGCUGUUUCAUAUGGAAUUGCAAUAUCCUUGUUGAUUAUUGUAUGGCAUCGAUUUUUAAGGAUUGAAGGACUCUCUGUUUCUACAAUGCUCAGGAUUGUAAUAUUUGCAGAAAUUAUUUGGGCCGGAGGUGCAGUUGCUUUGUACAUUUGCAAUUUUACCUCCCAGUUUGGAACGGACAGCACCAAGCACUGCAUUUCUUCUGCAACUUUGUUAUGGUGCUUGUAUCGACACAAUUCAUUGGAUAUGCAGCCAGAUGUGACCCGUUCACUAUAUUCUUCCCUACAGCCAUCUAAUUCAGUUGAAGAAUUAAGAUAUGGUGAGGCAGGAAGACUAGCAGAACAGCAAACGGCUUUGUUACAAUAUCAACGAGAGAAUCUGCAUUAUUUAAGUGAGGAGAUUCUACGUCUACAGGAAUGCUUGAGUAAAUAUGAGCGUACUGACAAUGGAAAUACUCUACAGGUUGAUGUAGUGCAUCUUUUAGCAGCACGUGAACAGGAGCUCCGUGCAUUGUCUGCUGAGCGUGAUCAACUUCACUCGGAGUUACAUUUAGCACGGAGCCUAAUUGAAGAGCGUGACUCGGAGAUUCAACAAACUCGGAUGAUCAAUGACCAAUAUGUUCUGGAGAAUGAUCGACUCAGGGACAUUAUAAGGGAAUGGAGCACAAAUGCAGCCAAGCUUGAGCGGGCACUAGAGGAGGAGCAGCUGUCGAAUGCUGAAUUACAUAAGAAGAUCUCAAUGCUGAGGCAGUCAAACGAAGAAUCAGCUUGAUUUUGGUUGUACAAGCAGAUACAUAGUUUUCCUUGAUGCACAAACUAUUUUCUUUGUAAAAUUGAAAUGCUCAAAUUUGUAUAUACAUAAAGUCCUCAAUGCUUUAACUAUCCGUUUUAGGGUAACUUUUUUGUACAUAAUCAUGCAUGCCAUGUUGUGUGCCUGCUAUGUUGCAGUGUUAAUCACAAUUCAAGUGCCUUUACUUGUAUCCAUAAAUCAAAGAAUAUUUUUUCUAUGUUGAGCCAUCAAUCAAUAUGAUAUUUUCCAUGCCCCUGUAUGUUUUCA